AAUGGUGGCAGGUUAAGUUGGAGACGACAGAGGAACUGGUUUCCUCCGCCUCGCAAGGCACACAGCCUGCCGACACCCCAUCAAUACACGAGGAAGGGGAAAGAGACUGAAUGGAGGAAUGAAUACACCUUGAUCCAGGUAGCUUGGGGAGCGGCCGCUUUACCUGUGAACCUCUCUGCCUGACAAGCGGCCAAUAUACGGAAUCAACCACCAAGAUGGCGGCGCCCUUGAGGAAUCCGCAAAUAGGUCGCCGCCAUGUGUCCCCUAGGAAGGUACGAAUUCAACCCUCGUACGGAAUCAGAUUCCAAGAUGACGGCAUCUAUGAAGAAGUCACGCAGUAGGUGCAGCCAUGUUGCCUGUACGUCCAGGCCGUACUAGCAGCCGCCGUACGGACUCUACUGACAAGGUGGUGGCGCCCUCGGGAAAACCACAAUGUGAGCGCGGCCAUGUUCCCGGCGAACGUGUGGAUUCGGCCACCAUACGGAUACGAUAAUCAAGAUGGCGGCGCCUGAGAGUUCUUCGGGGGCUCUAGGCGAGCGACCUACUGGUUUGCGGCGGAGACGACGCACUGGGCCUGCGCAAUAGGAGUACGCUGCCCGGGAGGCGUGACCAGAAGCGGAAGUAGUUGUGGGCGCCUUUGCAACCGCCUGGGACGCCGCCCAGUGGUCUGUGCAGGUUCGCGGGUAGCUGGCGGGGGUCGCGAGGUAGUGCGCCGGGAGCGGAGAUAUGGGGUCUGUGGUGAGCCGUAACCGGAGUCUGUGGACUGAACGGCGGGAGUCUGUGGGCAGAAUGAUGAACCAUCUGGGAGUUCUAUGGAGGGAGAUGGUUCAGACCCCGAGCCUCCAGAUGCUGGGGAGGACAGCAAGUCGGAGAAUGGAGAGAAUGCGCCCAUCUACUGCAUCUGUCGCAAACCAGACAUCAACUGCUUCAUGAUUGGGUGUGACAACUGCAAUGAGUGGUUCCAUGGGGACUGCAUCCGGAUCACUGAGAAGAUGGCCAAGGCCAUCCGGGAGUGGUACUGUCGGGAGUGCAGAGAGAAAGACCCCAAACUAGAGAUUCGCUAUCGGCACAAGAAGUCACGGGAGCGGGAUGGCAAUGAGCGGGACGGCAGUGAGCCCCGGGAUGAGGGUGGAGGGCGCAAGAGGCCUGUCCCCGAUCCAGACCUGCAGCGCCGGGCAGGGUCAGGGACAGGGGUUGGGGCCAUGCUUGCUCGGGGCUCUGCUUCGCCCCACAAAUCCUCGCCGCAGCCCUUGGUGGCCACACCCAGCCAGCAUCACCAGCAGCAGCAGCAGAUCAAACGGUCAGCCCGCAUGUGUGGUGAGUGUGAGGCAUGUCGGCGCACUGAGGACUGUGGUCACUGUGACUUCUGUCGGGACAUGAAGAAGUUUGGGGGCCCCAACAAGAUCCGGCAGAAGUGCCGGCUGCGCCAGUGCCAGCUGCGGGCCCGGGAAUCGUACAAGUACUUCCCUUCCUCGCUCUCACCAGUGACGCCCUCAGAGUCCCUGCCAAGGCCCCGCCGGCCACUGCCCUCCCAACAGCAGCCACAGCCAUCACAGAAGUUAGGGCGCCUCCGUGAAGAUGAGGGAGCAGUGGCAUCAUCAGCAGUCAAGGAGCCUCCUGAGGCUACAGCCACGCCUGAGCCACUCUCAGAUGAGGACCUACCUCUGGAUCCUGACCUGUAUCAGGACUUCUGUGCAGGGGCCUUUGAUGACCACGGCCUGCCCUGGAUGAGCGACACAGAAGAGUCCCCAUUCCUGGACCCUGCGCUGCGGAAGAGGGCAGUGAAAGUGAAGCAUGUGAAGCGUCGGGAGAAGAAGUCCGAGAAGAAGGUGAUGGAGAGGAAGGAGGAGCGAUACAAGCGGCAUCGGCAGAAGCAGAAGCACAAGGAUAAAUGGAAACACCCAGAGAGGGCUGAUGCCAAGGACCCUGCAUCGCUGCCCCAGUGCCUGGGGCCCGGCUGUGUGCGCCCCGCCCAGCCCAGCUCCAAGUAUUGCUCAGAUGACUGUGGCAUGAAGCUGGCAGCCAACCGCAUCUAUGAGAUCCUCCCCCAGCGCAUCCAGCAGUGGCAGCAGAGCCCUUGCAUUGCUGAAGAGCACGGCAAGAAGCUGCUGGAACGCAUUCGCCGAGAGCAGCAGAGUGCCCGCACUCGCCUUCAGGAAAUGGAACGCCGAUUCCAUGAGCUUGAGGCCAUCAUUCUGCGUGCCAAGCAGCAGGCUGUGCGCGAGGAUGAGGAGAGCAAUGAGGGUGACAGUGAUGACACAGACCUGCAGAUCUUCUGUGUUUCCUGUGGGCACCCCAUCAACCCACGUGUUGCCUUGCGCCACAUGGAGCGCUGCUAUGCCAAGUAUGAGAGCCAGACAUCCUUUGGGUCCAUGUACCCCACACGCAUUGAAGGGGCCACACGACUCUUCUGUGAUGUGUAUAAUCCGCAGAGCAAAACAUACUGUAAGCGGCUCCAGGUGCUGUGCCCCGAGCACUCACGGGACCCCAAAGUGCCAGCUGAUGAGGUAUGCGGGUGCCCCCUUGUACGUGAUGUCUUUGAGCUCACGGGUGACUUCUGCCGCCUGCCCAAACGCCAGUGCAAUCGCCAUUACUGCUGGGAGAAGCUGCGGCGUGCGGAAGUGGACUUGGAGCGCGUGCGUGUGUGGUACAAGCUGGACGAGCUGUUUGAGCAGGAGCGCAAUGUGCGCACAGCCAUGACAAACCGCGCGGGAUUGCUGGCCCUGAUGUUGCACCAGACCAUCCAGCACGAUCCCCUCACUACCGACCUGCGCUCCAGUGCCGACCGCUGAGCCUUCUGGCCCGGACCCCUCACACCCUGCAUUCCAGAUGGGGGAGCCGCCCGGUGCCCAUGUGUCCGUUCCUCCACUCAUCUGUUUCUCUGGUUCUCCUGUGCCCAUCCACCGGUUGACCGCCCGUCUGCCUUUAUCAGAGGGUCUGUCCCCGUCGACAUGUUCAGUGCCUGGUGGGGCUGUGGAGUCCACUCAUCCUUGCCUCCUCUCCCUGGGUUUUGUUAAUAAAAUUUUGAAGAAACCAAG